CUCCCUCCCACCUCCCUCCCGGCCUCCUCUCCAGCCAAACUGAAAGCCGGACCCCAGGCCGCUGCCGCCGCCCGCCGCCCGCCGCCCGGCCUCCCUGCAGGCGCUCCACCAUGGACAGUCCUGUUUUCACCUCGUAAAGAUGGCGGUGCGGGAUCGCUGCAACCUUUAGACUAAUGACUGUCCGAAACAUCGCCUCCAUCUGUAAUAUGACUCGUCUCUCGGCGAUGAAUUGCUUCCAGGGCACCAAUGCCUCUGCUCUGGAAAAAGACAUCGGCCCAGAGCAGUUUCCCAUCAAUGAGCACUACUUCGGAUUGGUCAAUUUCGGCAACACGUGCUACUGUAACUCUGUGCUCCAGGCCUUGUACUUCUGCCGGCCGUUCCGUGAGAAUGUGCUGGCAUACAAGGCCCAGCAAAAAAAGAAGGAAAACUUGCUGACGUGCCUGGCAGACCUUUUCCACAGCAUUGCCACGCAGAAGAAGAAGGUUGGCGUGAUCCCACCAAAGAAGUUCAUUUCGAGGCUGAGAAAAGAGAAUGAUCUCUUUGAUAACUACAUGCAGCAGGAUGCUCACGAAUUUUUAAAUUAUUUGCUAAACACUAUUGCGGACAUCCUGCAGGAAGAGAAGAAACAGGAGAAACAAAAUGGGAAAUUAAAAAAUGGCAACAUGAAUGAACCUGCAGAGAACAAUAAACCAGAACUCACUUGGGUCCAUGAGAUUUUUCAGGGAACGCUCACCAAUGAAACUCGAUGCUUGAACUGUGAAACUGUGAGUAGCAAAGAUGAAGAUUUUCUUGAUCUUUCUGUCGAUGUGGAGCAGAACACGUCCAUUACCCACUGCCUGAGAGACUUCAGCAACACAGAAACUCUGUGUAGUGAACAGAAAUAUUAUUGUGAAACGUGCUGCAGCAAACAGGAGGCCCAGAAAAGAAUGAGAGUGAAGAAGCUGCCCAUGAUCUUGGCCCUGCACCUGAAGCGGUUCAAGUACAUGGAGCAGCUGCACAGGUACACCAAGCUCUCCUACCGCGUGGUCUUCCCGCUGGAGCUGCGGCUCUUCAACACCUCCAGCGACGCCGUGAACCUGGACCGCAUGUACGACCUGGUGGCUGUGGUGGUGCACUGUGGCAGCGGUCCUAAUCGUGGGCAUUAUAUCACUAUUGUGAAAAGUCACGGCUUCUGGCUUUUGUUUGAUGACGACAUCGUAGAGAAAAUUGAUGCCCAAGCUAUUGAAGAAUUCUAUGGCCUGACGUCAGAUAUAUCAAAAAAUUCGGAAUCUGGAUAUAUUUUAUUCUAUCAGUCACGAGAAUAAUGUAAAGGACUGGGACUAACUCAAGAGGGGGAGUGUUCAAAGCACUGUUACCUGGGUUCUCUGGGGACUUGCUUCUCCCCGCAGCCCACCAAUGUAUUACUCCGAGUCUCAAUGAUCUGGCUGUGUUAGACUCUCUCUCUCUGUUUUUUUUUUUUUACAUGCAGCACUAUUCGUGGUCUUAUUUUAGUCUGAGGUAGAAGUUAACUGCAAUCAGAUUGUAGUAAGAUUUAUAUGAAUAACAGUUGCUAAUUUUAGGGUUGGGUAAACAUUAUGCCACUGGCUGUUUCUGACUGGAUUAGAAUGACAUGUCCCAGAAUGUCUUCAGUCUGUUUGAGGGUCUUUGCUGAGCUUCCUAAGUGGUUCCAGGGUCUCCUUUCAAUGCAUUCCUUUAACGGGUCCCUGGAAACGUUGCUACCCAUGUUUAGCUUCUCUGCCUCAAAGGACAGAAUUGGGUAGAUGUUCACCUUUAGGGCUGCAGCUAUAGCUUUAAGUGUGUGCAGGUGAAAUUGUUUAAAAGUGAGUGACCUCAGAUGCUGACACCAUCCUCCAGGUGGGAAAGGGUCAAGAGCUGUUCGAGGUGCCAUGCCUGGACUGUGCUCACCUCAAGCUGGAAUUCCCCAGGCAAAGAAGGUGGGGAGGUCAGAGCAGGCAAAGCCAGGAGGAGGAAGCUUUCAUGGGGAGAGAAAAGUUGCUUUUCUUAUCUUUCUCCCAAACCGCAUUUCAGGAAAAUAACUCUCUGCUGUGUGUUUUCAGUGCCACUUUCUUCCGUAAGGUCCCGUGUGCUCUCGCUCUCUCUCUCUCUCUCCUCUGGCACUGCUAAGCUUCCAGGGCGCCCUUCCAGCCCCGGCGCUGGCCUUUCGCAGUCCUUGGUCACAGGGCUGGGACCUGGGUGGCUGCCUCCAGCACAGCUCUCCGGAGCAGCCAGACCCACGGCAUUCUGUGCCCGGGAGAACGAGGGCGCUGCCCCGUUAGGACCGUCCGCACGCUGGGCCGCUGCCCUCUCUGAGGCAGCUCGGCCUGCGUGCUGAGGCAGCGGCAGCCCAGAACAACGCGGAACCUUCCCUGGAGGGAAGACUGGAGUUAGUGGCGUGGAGGUGGGUCGAGGAAAGUGUCGGGGGGUGGGUGGAGGGAGGAGCCGAACGGCAGCGUUUCUUUGACUCAGGCUCCUAGAAUGCUUGACAGACAGAGUUUUUGGGAAGAACCUCAUCUCACCCUAGUUAUUUUUUUUUCUUCCACUUUUGUUAUAUAUGUAUUUAUUAGAUCAUUUGAGUAUUGGUACCUUUUAUUAAAAGGGUUGAUGUGGUGUUUUGCCGUUGAGCUGGUUUUUGGUUUCCUACAAAUGCUAUGAGUCACAGACCUUCCUUUGGGAAGUUGGUUGACCUCCAUACACUAUAAUAUACUGUGAACACAUGAUCUUGUUACCUAAUAAAUCAGCAAACGAACAUGCAAGCGUUUGGCAUAAUGUGAGCUAAAAUUGAAAUUGAAGAUGUUAGUGGCCAUUUUGCAACAAGUAAGAGCAUAGCACUUUAUCUAGAUGAAAACUGGAUUUCUUAUCUUUGAAAUAUCGUGAACUGUUUAUUGCUCAGAACUUAAAUAAGCAUGCCGACACUUCAUUUGUUCAUGCUUGAAGUGAAAUGUUUUACUUUUCACUGGAGAAGACAAAACAGGGUGAUCUUCACGUUAUUGUUUUAUACGAGUGACAGAAGUAUACCUUGCCUUGUUUAAAGGCAAAUUCAUAUUUAUAAGUAUUUUGUCUGUUUUUUCCUCCAUGAAACAUAUGCAGUGAUCACUUACUGGGAAGGUGAGUUUUUAUUCUGUUAUUAAGGAGAGACACUUUCCAAUUGAAGGUGAUUGCUGUAGGGAACUGUUUGUACUAUAUAUAACCCAUAUAUUUGAUUGCAGGUUGCAAAGUUUAAGAAAAUGAUGGUUGAUAUCUAAUAUAUUUGGAACUGAUUCAUAAGGAAAACUAUUAAAAUUGUCUUUGAAAUGA